AUGGAAGCUGUUGCAGCCGCAAUCAUCGCCCAAAUAGCCAUCACCAUGAUCAGCCUUCCCAACUUCGACAGCGUACAUUGGGCCGCCACAGCCGUUGCAUAUUCGAGUCUUAUUUGCGGAAUACUGACGACAUUUCUGGCCUUCAUUGUUCAGCAAAUUUUGAGCGACCUUCACAACCCCGAGGAAGUUCGCUCGUGGCUCACGACUACUCGAAGAUCCCACAGCCGAUCUCGCCCUAUCAAUGCGACAGAGAAGAAAAUCCCCUCGCUCAGCUCGGCAGUCCUCUUGACGACCCCAAGCAAGCUUCUCAGGUUGUCAAUCCUGACCGCUUUUGUUGCGCUCGGUAUCUACUUGGGCUGCGUGUGGGAUGCAGAGCUGGGCAACUUGCGAGGUCGUGACGCCAACUUUUGGGUCCUCCUCGUUUUCAGCGUUUUCUCGUUUGUAAUGCUUCAGGAUGCGUUCUUGCCAUUUUCGGUGUCCUCUUACCCCUCCUCUCGGUCUACCGACGAAGAGCUCCAGGAUCUGGGCGAUGGCACGAGAUCAUACGAGAUGCACUUGAGUCGUCCAUUCGUGCCCAGGAAGAGAGCUUGA